AUGGCUAACUUCAGCUACAAUUCCCCUGUCAACUGUGACGUGGAAUUUGAUGUCAAGAAUAUCGAAAACAAAACCGCAAUUGUCACAGGUGGUGCAAAUGGACUUGGAGAGGCAUAUGUCCGCGCACUCGUCACAGCAGGAGCGACCGUGGUAAUCGCCGACCUUGACGUUGAUGCAGGAAAUAAACUCGAAAAAGAGUUGAUUCAUGUGAAAUUCAUCAAGUGCGACACAACCAGCUGGGAUGACCAAGUCCAUCUCUUCGCAGCUGCAGCCUCAUUCUCCCCUACCGGCAGAAUUUCCUUCGUCGUCGCAAAUGCUGGUAUCCACCGAAAAGAUGAAGUUUUUGCCUAUUCUGGCGACGACAAAGCGCCCCAAAAGCCAGAUCUCACUACCAUUGACGUCAACCUAAUCGGCACGCUUUACACGUCGAAGCUCGCUUCACAUUACUUCAUUAAGCAAAAUGGCCAAGAACAUUCUGGGUCACAGGAGGAUACUUGUUUGAUCUUGAUAGGAUCAGGCGCAGCUUUCUUAGACUGUCCUCGCGCUCCUCAGUACUGCAGUACGAAAUGGGCCAUGAGAGGUAUCAUGCACUCACUUCGAAGAACUGCAUUCUACUAUGGGAGUCGUGUUAAUGUUAUCUCGCCAUGGUAUGUUAAAACGAAUAUCCUCUCCGAAGAAGCUUUUGCGCACAUCACAAGCGUGGGCGUCCAGUUUGCGGAAUCUUCCGAGGCGGGUCAAUGUCUCCUGAGAAUUCUCAGUGAUAAAAAUAUCAAUGGUCGCUCGUUCUUUGUUUCUGGGAAGAAGUGGUCCACAAGUGGGUACCUCGAUUUGGAUAUUGAGGAUUACCAAGAGAAUUCUCUGGUUGAUAGUAUCCAGCGAGAUCAGGUCAAGUCUGCUCCUGUUGAGCUGGGGCUUUUUACUUAG